AUUUGAAAUUGAAGAUUUUAAAGUUGUUUAACCACCCAAUUAGGAGUCCAAUAAAGAGUAAAAAUGCUUAUGAAAAAUUAGCCAAAAAAACGUUAUAGCUUUAUGAAUUACUUCUAAAAUAGUUAAACAGAGACCAAGAAAAAUGAUUAGUAAAAUCUCUCUUACCCCAUCCCGAAGCACACUCUCCUGAAGUCCCCCUGUUUCUCUGCCAUCUCUGCUCUGUUGAAUUCAGAUUUCUUUCUUAUUGGCCUAAUAACCUUGAAAGUUACCCCUCCCUUCUCUUCAAUCCAUAAACCUUCAUCCUCCCUCACAGUCACUCUUCCUCACCCAAAAAUUUCUCCAUUUUUCCACCACCCAAGGCUUGACCAAAACUCCCCUCUGAAAGAAGCAAAACUGGGUGUUUCUCUGUUUUUCACCACCUUUUUUUCUUUUUCUCUAUAAAAAUGGCCGACCCUUUUCAUCAUUCGUGGUGAAUGGCUUCGUCCUAACCUUUUUGUUUAUAAAUAAUUCAUGAGAGAAAAAGGGGUGUCUUUGAACUGGAUUUGUACGGCCUAAUGGAAAGUUGGACAGAAUUAGCAAUGGCAAGUAUAGCUCCAGCGGGGAGCACUGGUGGUGGCAGCUCCGGAAUGGAAAGUGAUGACCAUUGGAGGAGUUUUGAUAAUUCCGUGAAUGCAGUUUCUUUCGGUUUUGUCGCCACAGCUAUUUUAAUCUCAAUGUUCCUUGUUAUGGCCAUUUUCGAGAGGCUUCUCCGGCAAACACACUCCUCGGAGAGUGGCCGGAAUCGUUCCGAUCUUGAGGCUCAGAUGAGGGUCCAUGGGAAACUCGAUUAUCCUUCUCCCAAAAUGACUGUUUAUGCUCGAGGUGUAUCAGUGUUGAUGCCUGGAGAAGAAAUCCCAACCUACAUUGCUCACCCUGCUCCAGCGCCAUGCCCUCCGGAGGGUGUUGAACCGCCCCGGCAUCACCGAACUACAUUCUCUCAUCCCUCCUCGAGCUCCUCAAACCCUUCAAUUCACAACCUGCCUAAUUAGCGAAACCAGAUGCAAAUGCAACCUAGAAAGCUCAAGAAAACACCUGGAUUAUUGACGGAUAUUUCUUGUCUUUCACAUGAAAAUAUAUAUGUUGAAAACACAGGCUCAUACCCCUGCAUAACCAUUAAACAUGUAGAUGGAUCAUUUUAAUUUACUAGCAGAUGAAACCCGGAAAAGAUUGUCUUGUCGGGUCACUUUAGUUGACAGUUCACAUUAGUUUUGAAAUACUUCUCACGUAGGUGCUGAAUGAUAAGGUUUAGGCCAAACUUGAUACCUGGUACUUCAUAUUUGAACAAAAAAAAUUUUUUUCUCCGGGAAAAAAAUCUUUUUGCCUCUUGACAUUUCCAUUCUAAUCUUUUGACACCCA